UGGACUGUAGUUUCGACCUCGCAUCGGUCAUAUCAACACCCUCAGCGGGACUCGAACCGCGACAGUGCAGGACGGCAGCUUGACACGCUAACCACUCGGCCACACUGCCACGAGCGCCUUUUGGGUCACUGUCGCGGUUCGAGUCCCGCUGAGGGUGUUGAUAAGACCAAUGCGAGGUCAAAACUACAGUCCACCCUGUAUAAGAACAACUUUUGGGAAUGCAAAGAUAUCUAA